CCUGGUCCUGGUCCAAACAAAGAUGUAGAUCAGUUACAAAGAGUUUAAAAAUCCUGAAAACAUCUGUAAAAUCUCAAUAUUUAACAGAGGAUUCUGAUGUAUUUAGUGACAGCACUGCUGAAAGGCUCUUGUUACUCUUCACUGUCAAAUCAUGGCUUGUUUGUUUUUUUCUUAUUGCCCUAAACUGUGAUGAUAAUGACCUCAUUUAACCAUGCUUGAAAACACACAAACUGUGCCUUUAACUGCAGCUGUUUGUAGGUCAAGUGGUUACAGUUCACCAAGAAUUAAUCAGGAAGAUUUGAGUGACAUUGAUGGUGAAUCUGGCAAUUUUAUUACUGCUAGUGCUAGUGUUUGCUCCCUACGAGAUCUAACCAUGUAACAACUACUUACUGACUUAAUCUGACUGUGCCAGGUAUUUAGGACGUGUAUCUCGGUUCAAACCCAGGUUCAGACAUUAACUCACUCUGAUCUCAACUCCUGAUCCUUGUUUCUCUUCUCCUCUGUUUGAGACAUUUCUGAGAGUCGUAGUGAGGCUUUUUACGUUUGAUGACAUUCAUUUCUGACCCAAAGCUGCAACUUAUUACUUUGCUGGUGACCUGUAUGUAUGAGACAUGAUGAGACAAAGUAGUAUCUAGUUUAGUGUUUUUAAGUGUUCAAAUGUGGUCAUUACAGUAAAUGAGUGAAUAAAUGUGAGUAAAAUACAUUAAAACGUUUUUAUUGUCAAUUAUAUUGGUCUAUGUCAACAAGGACACUUUUAUUUUGAAAUUCUGCUAAACCACUGCUCCUUUUUUGUUACUUAACCUGCCCCCUACUGGCCAGACUAGAUACUCAUUCUUAACAGUUAUUGACAUUUUUUGUUGACAUACUAGGACAUUGUUUGAGAUUUUUUACAGUUUAUAUUUGGACAGUUUAUGUUGACAUACUAUAUUUGGACAUGUUUUUACAUUUUUGACGGUUUAUAAUUGGACGGUUUACUAAAUACUAUACAUAUAUAAAGUACACUUUUACUCAGUUCAUAUUUUAACUUUUUGUUGACAUAUUAUUCUAGGACAUUUUGGACAGUUCAUAUUUGGACAGUCUUUGACAGUAUGAAGGCAGUUGUUCACGUCAAACUAUAUAAUGACGUAUUUGACACUAAGUCAGUUUUUUUUUUUAAAAACACGUACAUGUUUAGACGAUGAUCGUGUGUUUGCUGCGGAGCAGUGACGUCACAUUAGCAACUUUUUUCCAGCCCCCUUCUUGCCACACUAGAUACUCAUUUUAUUGACAUUUUUUGUUGAUGUCAUGUUUGGACAAUUUUUAUUUUAACGUUUUUGAUGACACACUAUACUAGGAACGUUCAUAUUUGAACGUGUGUUUACUGCGGAGCAGUGACGUCACAUUAGCAGUAGCAGGUGUUAUCUGAACACCUGUGAUCGGAUCGCUCAGGUCGGAUGUUAACAGCAGGUGUGAACAGAGCGUCAACAGAACAGCUAAGAAAUGUGUGGGUCAUUUUUAAUUAGCAGUUACCACACGGUUGUCCACAUGUUCGUCAACGCUGCUCCUCGUCCUCUUGUUGUUCCUGUCUCCGCUUGGAAGAAGCUCCGGAAGUGGAACAUUCCAAAUAGAUCGACACAGAGGGGAGGAGUGGAAUGUACCAAGUCAUGGAAAGUACACAAAGGCUUUUAAAUCAGUGUGUUUUUGUGCAGGAGCAGCUCCACCUGUGAUUAAUCAACGUUCAUGUCCUCGCUGGACAAAAGAAAAGUAGCAGCUGAAAUUGUUGUUAUUAAAAAACAUUUUUGCUAAAACCGAGAAGAAAAACCCCACCACCUAUAGGAAAUGCUGCCACCUGCUGGAAGAGAUAAUAACCAUUUCUUGUUGUUUUAAGUUCUGUUUUUUUUUGGUCUGAAGAUUAAAUUUGUGCAAAAUUCACUUCAUUUUAAGAUAUGAACUUUUCUCUCAGAGAUAGGCUACAAGUCAACAUCUGAUGGACUGAGCCAUUUGUGCUGAUGAUCUACCUCUGAAUUCCAUGGCGUACUUAACUUUCUUGUCUCGGUUACAGUUUUUAAAAUUCUUUUGAGUCUUUCAAAAACUCAACCCACUAUCUCAGGAUUUAAGAUAAUCACUCUAAGGUUUUCUUAGAACUUUCAACUGUUUACACUGAAUCUUGAACUCAAAGACUUCACUUCAUCGUAAGCCUUUGGCAACGCCAAGACGAUUCGAAACGACAACUCCAGUCGCUUCGGGAAAUACGUCGACAUCCACUUCAACAAGAGAGGAGCCAUCGAAGGAGCCAUGAUCGAGCAGUACCUGCUGGAGAAGUCUCGAGUGUGUCGACAGGCUCCAGAUGAGAGGAACUACCACAUCUUCUACUGUAUGUUGAAGGGCAUGUCUCCAGAAAUGAAAGCCAAGCUGGGACUGGGCCUCGCCACAGAUUACGCCUACCUCACUAUGGGAAACUGUACGGAGUGUGACGGUCGAGACGACCUGAGAGAUUACUCCAGCAUCCUGUCGGCCAUGAAGGUCCUCAUGUUCACAGAGACAGAGAACUGGGAGAUUUCCAAGCUGCUGGCUGCCAUCCUGCACAUGGGAAACCUGCGAUUCGAGGCUCGUACGUAUGACAACCUGGACGCCUGUGUGGUGGCGAGAUCUCCUGACCUGGUCACUGCUGCCUCUCUCAUGGAGGUGGAGCCAAAGGACGUGAUGGUGUGUUUGACCACACGCACCCUGAUCACUCGAGGUGAAAGCGUCGCCAUGCCUCUCAGCGUGGAACAGGGCAUCGAUGUCAGGGACGCCUUUGUUAAGGGAAUCUACGGGAGGCUGUUUGUCUGGAUUGUGGAUAAGAUAAACGCCGCCAUCUACAGACCUCCUUCCUGCGAGAGAAACAUCGUGCGCAGAUCCAUCGGCUUACUCGACAUCUUUGGCUUUGAGAACUUCAUCGUCAACAGCUUCGAACAGCUGUGCAUCAACUUCGCCAACGAGAACCUGCAGCAGUUCUUCGUCCGCCACGUCUUCAAACUGGAGCAGGAGGAGUACAACCUGGAGGACAUCAGCUGGCAGCACAUCGAGUUCACGGACAACCAGGACGCGUUGGACAUGAUCGCCAACAAACCCAUGAACAUCAUCUCACUCAUUGACGAGGAGAGCAAGUUUCCUAAGGGAACAGAUGCUACGAUGCUCUACAAGCUCAACUCACAGCACAGGCUCAACUCCAACUACAUUCCUCCUAAAAACAGCUAUGAAACACAGUUUGGGAUCCAACACUUUGCCGGCGUGGUUCACUACGAGACCAGAGGAUUCCUGGAGAAAAACCGAGACAGCCUCCACACGGACAUCAUCCAGCUCGUCCACUCGUCCAAGAACAAGUUCAUCAAGCAGAUCUUCCAGGCGGACGUUGCCAUGUUUCUGUGUGGUUAUCAGCAGCCCAGCACUCCUGUUCCAAAGGGCGUUGAGACGAGGAAGCGCUCUCCCACUCUCAGCAGUCAGUUCAAACGUUCUCUGGAGAUGCUGAUGAGGACGCUGAGUGUGUGUCAGCCGUUCUUUGUGCGCUGCAUAAAACCCAACGAGUUCAAAAAGCCAAUGUUAUUCGACAGAGAGCUCUGUAUUCGUCAGCUGCGUUACUCCGGCAUGAUGGAGACCAUCCGGAUACGUCGGGCCGGUUACCCCAUCAGAUACACCUUUGCCGAGUUUGUGGACCGUUACAGAGUCCUCAUGCCCGGAGUCAAACCUGCUCACAAACAGGAGGAUCUGAGAGGAACGUGUCAGCAGAUUGUUCAGGCCCGCCUCGGGAACCUUGACGACUGGCAAAUCGGAAAGACCAAGAUUUUCCUAAAGGACCAUCACGACAUGCAGCUGGAGGUGGAGCGAGACAAAGGCCUCACAGACAAAGUCAUCCUCAUACAGAAGUCUGUGCGAGGACUUAAAGAGAGGAACAACUUCCUCAGACUGAGACGUGCUGCGACUGUUAUCCAGAAGGUCUGGAGAGGAUAUCGGUGCAGGAAAGAAUACCGACUUAUGCAGUGUGGUUUCCGGCGCCUCCAGGCCGUCUACAGGUCCAGGAAGCAAUACAGGAGCUACCAGAGGACGCGCCUGUGCGUGACUCUCAUGCAGGGCCGCUGCCGCGGUUUCCUCGUCCGGCAGACGUUUUGGCGGCGUCUGCGUGCCGUGUUGACCAUCCAGGCCUACACCAGGGGCAUGAUAGCCAGGCGCCUCUGCCAGAGGCUCAGAGCGGAGCUGCAGCGUCGCCUGGAAGCCGAGCGCCAGCGCUUGGCCGAGGAGGAGCAGCUGCGAAACCAGAUGACAGCGCGACUAGCCAAGGCCGAGGCCGAGAGGAAUCACCAGGAGCGGCUGGUCCAACUGGCCCAGCAGCGAGAGGAGAGGGAGAGGGAGGAGAAGGAGGAGACGAGGAGGAAGAAGGAGCUGCUGGAGCAGAUGGAGAGGGACAAGGAGCAGCCCGUCGAUCACUCGGACAUGGUCGACCGUAUGUUUGGGUUCCUGGGGAACUCGGGGCCGUUACCCAACCAGGACGGACGAGCACCAGCUGGAUUUGAGGACUUGGAGAAGCUUCCCAGUGGUGUCGAAGCUGAAGAAGAGGUCGUACACGAAGCUCUGCCGUUACCUGACGAGGAAGAGGAGGAUUUGUCCGAGUACAAGUUCUCCAAGUUUGCGGCGACGUACUUCCAAGGAGUUUCCACGCACACGUACAUCAGACGACCACUGAAACAACCUCUGCUGUUCCACGAGGAUGAAGGAGAUCAGCUGGCUGCGUUAGCCGUGUGGAUCACCGUGUUGAGGUUCAUGGGCGACCUCUCGGAGCCAAAGUGCCCGAUGGUGAUUAACGACGGCAGCGAAAAGAUCCCCGUCAUGACCAAGAUCUACGAAACCCUCGGCAAGAGGACGUACAAGAGGGAACUGCAGGAGCUGCAGGUGGAGGGAGAGAACAGCUCCAUAGACACUCAGAAGAGAAACAGCGUCAGACACAAACUCGUGUCUCUCACACUGAAGAGGAAAUCAAAGAUCGCAGAGGAGGUCACCAGGAGGUUGACAGACGGAGACUACAGUCUUCAGGGGAACAGCAUGCUGGAGGACAGACCCACGUCCAACCUGGAGAAACUUCACUUCAUCAUCGGCAACGGCAUCUUACGACCGGCCCUCAGAGAUGAAAUCUACUGUCAGAUCUGCAAACAGCUCAGUCAGAACCCGUCCAAGAGCAGCCACGCCCGAGGAUGGAUCCUGCUGUCGCUCUGCGUCGGCUGCUUCGCUCCGUCUGAGAAGUUUGUCAAAUAUUUACGGGCUUUCUUGAUCAACGGCCCCCCUGGUUACGCUCCAUAUUGCGAGGAAAGGUUGAGGCGGACGUUUGUGAAUCGUACGCGGACUCAGCCGCCGUCAUGGCUGGAACUGCAGGCCACUAAAUCAAAGAAGCCCAUCAUGCUGCCAGUUACGUUUAUGGACGGAACCACCAAGACGCUGCUGGCAGACUCGGCCACCACAGCCAGCGAGCUCUGCAACGCACUGGCCGACAAGAUCCACCUGCGGGAUCGCUUUGGCUUCUCGCUCUACAUCGCCCUGUUUGACAAGGUGUCUUCUUUGGGCAAUGGGAGUGACCAUGUCAUGGACGCCGUGUCCCAGUGUGAGCAGUACGCCAAGGAGCAGGGCGCCCAGGAGAGGAACGCCCCCUGGAGGCUGUUCUUCAGGAAGGAGAUCUUCACCCCCUGGCACAGCCCGGCCGAGGACCAGGUCUCCACAAACCUCAUUUACCAGCAGAUCGUUCGAGGCGUGAAGUUCGGGGAGUAUCGCUGUGAGAGGGAGGAGGACUUGGCAGAACUGGCCUCUCAGCAGUAUUACGUGGAUUUCGGCUCCGAGGUCCUCCAGGAUCGUCUGCUCGGCCUCAUCCCGUCCUACAUCCCCGACAGAGAAAUCACAUUAAUGAAGACUCCAGAGAAGUGGACUCAGCUCAUCGUCAACGCCCACAAAAAGGGAUUAAACAUGAAGAGGAGGGUGAGCACACAGACGGUGAAGGAGGACGUGGUGGAUUUCGCUCGUUUGAAGUGGCCUUUACUCUUCUCGCGCUUCUACGAGGCCUUUAAAUUCUCAGGACCCAGUCUGCCCAAGAACGAUGUGAUCGUGGCGGUGAACUGGACCGGCGUUUACUUUGUGGACGAGCAGGAGCAGGUUCUUCUGGAGCUGUCUUUCCCAGAGAUCACUGCUGUGUCCAGCAGCAGAGGUGGUAAACUCCAGGGCCAGAGUUUCACCUUGGCCACCGUGAAAGGAGACGAGUACACGUUCACCUCCAACAACGCGGAGGACAUCCGUGAUCUGGUGGUCACCUUCCUCGAGGGUCUGAGGAAGAGGUCCAAGUAUGUGGUGGGACUUCUGGACUGUCCCAACCCUGUGGGGGUGGAGUCCACGUUCCUGAGUUUCUCCAAAGGAGACCUCAUCAUCCUGGACGAGCACGACGGAGAACACGUGAUGAACUCGGGUUGGGCUCACGGCAUCAACGACAGGACCAAACAGAGAGGAGACUUUCCUGCCGACUGCGUCUACGUGCUGCCCACGAUCACCAGACCUCAGUGUGACAUCGUGGCUUUAGUGAUCAUGACUCCUGAUCAGAGGCGAGAAUCAAUCACAUUGUCCCACAUUAACCUUUGUGAAAAAGAGGAGAAACCGAAGGCCUACACACUGGAGGAAUUCUCCUACGACUACUUCAGGCCUCCUCCGAAAAGCACCCUGAGCAGAGUGAUGAUCUCCAAAAGCCGAGGGAAGGAGCGCGUGUGGAGCUGCAGCAGGGAGCCUAUCAAACAGCCUCUGCUGAAGAAGGUGCUGGCACAUGAGGAGCUCUCCCAGGAGGCCUGUCUGGCCUUCACAGCUGUGAUGAAGUACACGGGCGACUACCCGUCCAAGAGAGUGCGGUUUGUCAACGAGCUCACUGACCAGAUCUUUGAAGGUGCACUGAAGGCCGAGCCGCUCAAAGACGAGAUCUUCUGUCAGAUCCUCAAACAGCUGACCGACAAUCACAUCAAGUACAGUGAGGAGAAAGGCUGGGAGCUUCUGUGGCUCUGCACGGGUUUGUUUCCUCCCAGUAACGUCCUGCUGCCUCACGUCCAGAAGUUCCUGCAGGCAAAGAAACACUAUCCACUGGCUCCAGACUGUAUGCAGCGUCUGCAGAAGGCCUUACGAAAUGGGUCGAGGAAGUAUCCUCCUCACCUGGUGGAGGUGGAGGCCAUCCAGCACAAAACCACGCAGAUCUUCCACAAAGUUUAUUUCCCAGACGAUUCAGACGAGGUGUUUGAGGUGGAGUCGAGCACCAAAGCCAAAGACUUUUGUCAAAACAUCUCUGGACGUCUGAUGCUCAAAUCCUCAGAAGGCUUCAGUCUUUUUGUCAAGAUCACAGACAAAGUGAUCAGUGUUCCUGAUGGAGACUUCUUCUUUGACUUUGUGAGGCAUCUGACCGACUGGAUCAAGAAAGCCAGACACGUGAAAGACGUCGGUGCGGUGCCUUCACUGACGUAUCAGGUGUUCUUCAUGAAGAAGCUCUGGACCAACACGGUGCCAGGAAGAGACGCCAUGGCCGACUCCAUCUUCCACUACUACCAGGAGCUGCCCAAGUAUCUGCGAGGCUACCACAAGUGCUCCAAGGACGAGGUUUACCAGCUGGCGGCGCUGAUCUACAGAGUCAAGUUUGAUGAGGACAAGUCACACUUUCACGACAUUCCCAAAAUCCUGAAGGACCUCGUCCCGCAGGACCUGAUGAGACACAUGUCCCCCGACGACUGGAAGAGGUCGAUCCUGACUCCGUUCAACAAACACUCAGGGAAAAGUCAAGAAGAAGCCAAACUCUCGCUCCUCAGAAUCAUUUACAAAUGGCCCACGUUUGGUUCUGCCUUCUUUGAAGUGAAGCAAACAACUGAUCCAAAUUAUCCCGAAACGCUGCUGAUCGCCAUCAACAAACACGGCGUGAGUCUGAUUGAUCUCCAGUCUAAGGACAUUCUCACCACUCACCCCUUCACAAAGAUCUCCAACUGGAGCAGCGGACACACGUAUUUCCACAUCACCAUCGGAAACCUGGUCCGAGGAAGCAAACUGCUGUGUGAAACUUCACUGGGCUACAAAAUGGACGACCUCCUGACCUCGUACAUCAGCCAGAUGCUGACGACCAUGAGCAAACAGCGACCGUCUCGCGGCAACAGCAAAUGAAGCCGGACCUGGAAAAACCCCAGCGAUCACGGUCAAUCAGUGCUGCACACACGUGUCCUGACUGAGGGUUUAUCUAGAAGACACUCUAAUGCCAAUGUUUGUAUGUAUUGUCCCUGUCUUAAAACUCACCCACUGCCUUUAAAUUAGCUUUUUCCCCAAAACAGCGCAUGAAAAUUUGGAUUUUGAGCUUUUUUCUUAAAGAUUAAUAUAAAACUAACUCGGUCACAAAUUAUAAAAUCUGAAUUUAAUCUCUGCACCUUUAAAUUUUCAGCUUCUCAGUAUAUAUAUUUUUUGCAAAUGCAGGCUCUAAAGUAUUAGAACAUACAAACUAGAAAAUCUAUACAGUAAAGGGAUAGUUGAGGCUUUUUGAGGUGCUUAAAUGACAUGGCUGCCAGCAGGGACAGAAGGAAACAACUUAAGAAAAAAAGUUAAGAAAGUCAUACAAUUAGUCUCUUUUUAAUCUUAGAAAAGAGGCUUUAACUUUCAGCUGCGUCUGUAUUUAUGCUAAAAUUAAUGUGUUUUAGAUCCAAUCUCACGAUAUACACCUAAGGUAAAUUACCCUUAAAACGUUAACGUAGCUGCAUGUGCCACAAAAGUUCAAAAACACCACACACACACACGUUUAUAUCCACAGUAUUAAACUGCUCGUAUCACAUUUCCUUCAUAUACACACACAUGUACUGUAAAAGGUGUAGAUAGCAUUGAUUCUUAAGCACUGAUAAAUAAUCACGUUAGCUUUUCUGAGCAGAGACGUUUCAUUCAUGUGACCUCGUGACCUGAUGUUGUGGACGUGAAUAAAUGACAUUUUUCAAAAGAACAAACUCAGUUA